CCGUUUACAUUUCGAGAGCAGUAUGUUUACCGUAGCAGUUCUUCUACUGCUGCUUGGAGUGACCCGUGCUGAACCAGAUACAAGGCCGGUAGUCCAAGAUGUCGGGCCGCUUGGUCAGUGCUUCAACUUGCCAAAACUCGACCUUCUAUCUAAGCAACUUGCCCCAUCUGGUGCAACAAUAGCAAAAUCCUUCCCUGGAAAGUGCGUCAAGACCUGGACUGGAAAAAGCCAAAGUACAAGAGAUACAAUCCACUUUAUGAACAUAAGACAAGUUUACAACUUUCUUAAUACAAAUGUCAAGAUCGAUGCAGAGUUGGCCGGUACAUUCACCUUCAAGACUUCGUUGGACGCAGUCACAAACAGCAUGACCGCUACGAACCAAUCCAUCGAAGGAACAGUUUUGCGUGUGAGUGACCACAGCAUGAGUAAAACUCUAAGUAAGGAUUGCCUGAAUGAAGUCGACUUCAAGGACGAGUUCCUGAAUGAUUUUAAGAAACUCCCGAAUGAAAUCCCACAUCCCGAAGACUCACAAUCAUGGAAAGACUACAGCCACUUUAUCAAGACCUAUGGCACCCAUAUCGUCACAGGGAUCACAUACGGUGCAAGUAUCUACAGCUAUGCUUUCUCAAGAUCCGGUUCUGCACACACUCGAGAGGAUUUCAAGAUCAAGGCAUGCCUUUCGUUUCUGGGUCCAGAAGCUUUGAAGUAUCUGAAGGGGAAUAUUAACGCAAGUGUAUGCGCCGGGACCACUUCUGAGGAUAUCGAAAAGGCUUCAAGGUUUCAUAUGAAUGAUAAGGUCGUUGUUCGCGGUGGGACAGCUGAAACGAGGGCUAAGCUUCUACACAAACGAGACCCGUCCCUGGUAGAGAAAUUCCUGGAGAAAGGAAGAGAAACUCCGACUCCAGUCCAGUACAGCUUCACUUCUAUCUGGAACUUGCUGAGUGGAAAGUUCUACGGCACGGAGUACCAGGCCAAAGUACGCAACCUCGAGCAGUUUUUCAAGGGAUUUCUGGCCUUUGGAUGCAAACAGAUGGGUAUUUAUGACAUAGUUACCACCAAGUUUGCGCUCGCCCCUUAUGCAUCAAAAGGAAACCCAAUGUACCAAUGUCUACUACUAGAACCCGGAUGUAACAAAGACAGCGACUGCAGUUACCAGGCCUUCGAAGGAUGCAAAUGUGACGGGAAGACUUGCUUUGGUAACAUGCUUGAAAGGCGUGCGGAUGGCACGAUUAGAAAGAUAGCGUAUAACUACAAAGGGUACGAAUGGAUAACUCAGGCACCGGGGUGUGAAUACAAGUACAGGUCUUUCAAAUGCAAGUGCUUAAAAAAGCCUGGAUGGUCCGUUAUCUGGAUGAGUAAUGGAUUAAAAGACGAACCUGAAGACAACGAAGAGCUCAGUGGAUCAGGAGAAGACGAUGAAGAUGUCGACUCUCAUUGAAGUACCAUCACCAUUAUGUCACCUGAAUUCACAACAACAUCUUAACUCCCCACAAAGACAUCUACGUAGUAACAGGGCACCGCCACACCGAUCUCAUCCUAAAGGCAGGAGUGGCCGAAGCGGCCUCAGGUACCCACCUACCCGCACCCUACCCUAUUUACAACCCGCAAGACCUCGAGUUAUUGACGAAGCACCAUCACCCCCAUCUCAUCCGCAAAAGCGUAAACGUGGCCUAAAUAUUUUCGAGUUCCUACAACCUAACCUAUCUGCGUACCCCAGAGGCCUUGACGAAGUGAUGAGGCACAACCAACCCCUUAUCGCAAUUAGCAAAAACCUUCAGAGUUUGUGAAUGUGCUCAUGUAUUUCUUGUAGCUUCAGCAAAUAUCCUUAUUUCUAUGUUCCUUUAUCCUUUACUGUACCAUUAAUUCUAUUGACAGGUGACAGGUGUCAAAUAAACGAUAAUAAUUAUUA